ACCAUCUCCCUCUUUAUAGAUUUGCCUUUGAACGUGUCUCAUUUGGGAAUAAGCGAGGUACAAACCAUGGGAUCGCAUACUUUCCUCACGUGUUAUGACAUCAAAGGCCAUAAGAUAACUAGCGUGAUAAAACCAUCGGUUCACUAAACGGCAUCUUAUUUUUUACAUUCUUCACCAUGCAACGGUUUGUAGUAGUUCUCAUCGUCACUUCUUUGUUUUGUGUCCUUACAAAUGUGAAAGGGUUGGAAAACCUCAUCGGAACAGAUAUUCAAAAAUGCCUCAAUUGCGUAUGUCAUGCAAGGUCGGGAUGUUGGAGUCGGUUUAAUUGUGCAAGGUACUCGAUCAGUUUGGAAUAUUGGAUAGACGGAGGAAGUCAUACGGAUGGACCUUACGACAACUUAAAAGAUGCGUAUAAUAGCUGCAUGAAAAACGAAAAUUGUAUUUUGAACACCAUAAAGUCUUAUACUGACCGUUUUGAUGAUCGAGAUUGCAAUUGCGAUGGAGUAUUCGACUGCAAAGAUAGGCUUGCAAUUCACCUGUUUGGAGAUGCAUGUUUCAACCCCAAGUUUGGCGAUGUGUAUUCUAAAAGAUUUAACCACUGCGCAGCGCAGGUUGGCGUUCACGAAAUGGCUAGCGCCGAAGGUAGUUGCGUUGUACAGGUAUACUAAACUUGUACAGUAAAUGAACAGCUGUACCUGUACCCUUAGUUAUGUAUUGCUUUCUAUCGUAUAUUAAUGGUAUUCAAUGUGAUAUAAUAAAAGGAUGGUAGUAUUUUU